AUAGUGGAGUAGACACCGAAGUCAAGACAACAUACACUUACGUCAUUGACCUGGCAAAUCGUCUUCAGUCUACUUGCGAUCUGGCUAAGCAAGAAUUGCUGAAAGCUCAGGAGACGCAGAAGGCAUACUACGACAGGAAAGCAAAGGUACGUCUGUUCAAAGCUGGUGAUAAAUGCCUUAUCCUCUUACCCACUUCUCAUAAUAAGUUACUAGCACAGUGGAAGGGCCCUUGAUGUUGUGGAUAAAGUGUCUAAUCAUAAUUAUUUAAUACAAGUGGGAAAUCAACAAAAACGAUUCCACAUAAACAUGCUGAAGGAAUACUUCACAGCUGAUACAGGAUGUGCGUCCUAUGUUGAGAGAGUUGUGGCGAAGCAAGACGCAAUGCUUUGCAUAACACGAGAAGGGGCCAGCAGUUGGUCUUUGCAACAGCAGCAGUAUCUCUCGUAUGUUAAAGCCUUCUUUUCGCAGAAAACCUCGAAACUCGGCAGUACUUCCACCACAACGUACAUCGGUGCCGCUGCAGUAAUUCCAGAAAGCGAGUGUGACGACGGACCCGUCACUGCACAAUCGUGGCAGACCGAGACCAUCGAUAAUGUGAAAGGUCAUGAGACAAGUGUUGCAAGGCGUCAAAGGAGUGGAAGCAUUCAUUGACGAUAUUCUGGUUCACUCUUCUACGUUCGAGGAGCAUCUGAAGAUCCUUGAGGAGGUAUUCCAGCGGUUACAGUGUGCAAAUAUGACUGUCAAGCCAAGUAAGUGUGAAAUUGGAUUUAAAGAAGUGCAGUAUCUUGGCCAUACUUUAGGUGAGGGAAGGUGUAGCUGUCAGAACGACAAAAUUAAGAAGAUUAAAGAUGCACCACGACCCACGACUAAGAAACAAGU